CACGAUCCGAGUUGCAUCAUAAGAGAGAAUUUAAAGAUCAAGAGGAGUACAUAAUUCUUCUUCUAUGGAGCAAGUCAUGGAGAAAGAUAUGGACAAGCAAAUGCAAGAACUUGUGGCAGCACGUAUACGCAUCACCAAGUACGCCCAUGGCUUCAUGGAGUCCAUGUCCCUGAAAUGUGUGUUGGAGCUUGGAAUAGCAGACAUCCUUCAUAAGAACACUAAGCCCAUGACACUCCAAGAGCUUGCCGCGGCUCUUCCUUCGCCGCCGACGGUGGACAUGGACCGCCUCCGAAGCCUGUUGAGGUAUGUCGUUCACCACAUGGGUCUCUUCACCUUAGACAACAAAGAUGGAACCUAUGGGUUGACUCGCUACUCCGAGUUUCUACUCCAAGAUGGGGAGUCUUACUUGGUUCCCAUGUUUCUCCAGACAUUAACCGAUUGGGGGAUCGGAGCUUGGUACUGUCUGAGCAACAGCAUCAGCCAAGGAGGCCCAACGGCAUUCGAGAGGUACCAUGGUAUGACCAACUGGGACUAUAUGGCGAGUCAUCCUGACAUGAAUCGGAGGUUCAAUAAGGUGCAGGAAGGCAUCACAAAGGAGAUGUUUGGUGUAAUCGUGCAAAGGUGUGGGUCAUGGUUAUUCAAUGGGAUUGGAUCAUUAGUGGAUGUAGGAGGAGGAAAUGGAACAGCAGCGAAGGAGAUUGUGAAGGAGUUUCCUAGCAUCAAGUGCAUUGUGUUUGAUCUUCCACAUGUGAUGAGGAGUAACUCCGAUAAGAAUAGUGAAGUGGAGUGGGUUGAGGGGGACAUGUUCAAAUCGGUGCCUCAUGCUGAUGCCAUCCUUCUCAAGUCUAUCCUUCACGAUUGGAGUGAUGACCACUGCAUGAAAAUCCUUCAGCGAUGUAAGGAAGCAAUUAACCCACCAGAAGGAGGAAAAGUAAUCAUAAUUGAUAUGGUUAUAGACAUCAAUCAGGACAUAGACAUGUACCCAACUUUAGUGUUAGAUAUGUUCAUGAUGGUGACUUUUGGAGGAAAAGAGAGGACAAGUGAGGAAUGGGAAAGGCUCAUUCGUAAUGCUGGGUACAGCAAAUGCAAAAUAACCCCAGUUCUUGCUACGGCUUCAAUCAUUGAGGCUUACACUUAGCAGGGAAUUGUCCCAUCCCUGCCCUCUCUCUCUCUCUCUCUCUCCUUUUUUU